AUGGUAAACGAUGACAAUGAUCGAAAUCACCGUUCUCGUUCAAGGGAGCGUGACAGACGACGUAAACGUUCAAAAUCAAGAGACCGUAAUGAGAAAAAACGUCGAUCACGAUCGAAAGAAAAACGACGAGACAGUCGUUCUCAUUCCCCACGUGAUCGUAAAAGAGAGAAAGUAGAAAAAAAAGGGCCCAAAAAGUACAAAUAUUGGGAUGUACCACCUGCCGGUUUUGAACAUAUUACACCUAUUCAAUAUAAAACAAUGCAAGCAUCUGGUCAAAUAUCGCAAAUAUUCAGUGGUAAAGAUUGGAGUGCUAAUACAGCAGCUGCAACACCUGUUUUAGGAAGUCAUGUUGUUCAUCAAUCGAGACGCUUAUAUGUCGGUAAUAUACCGUUUGGAGUAUCAGAAACAGCAAUGAUGGACUUUUUUAAUCAACAAAUGCAUCUGACAGGUCUAUCUCAAACAGAAGGAAAUCCUGUAAUCGCUGUACAAAUUAAUUUGGAUAAAAAUUUUGCUUUUCUUGAAUUUCGCUCUAUUGAUGAAACAACAGCAGCAAUGGCAUUUGAUGGAAUUGUAUUUCAAGGACAGUCUUUAAAAAUUCGUCGUCCACGAGAUUAUCAACCUAUGCCGGGCAUAUCUGAUCAACCAAAUUUAAAUGUUCCAGGCGUUAUAUCCACUGUGGUUGCUGAUAGUCCGUUUAAAAUAUUCAUUGGCGGUUUACCAAAUUAUUUAAAUGAUGAUCAGGUCAAAGAGUUACUCAUGUCGUUUGGUCCUUUGAAAGCAUUCAAUCUUGUAAAAGAUGCAGCAACUGGACUAUCGAAAGGAUACGCCUUUUGCGAAUAUGUUGAUGCUGGAGUUACCGAUGCUGCCAUUCAAGGUCUGAAUGGAAUGCAGCUGGGAGACAAAAAAUUGAUUGUACAAUUGGCCAGUGUUGGAGCGAAAAAUAUGCCAGGAAUGACGUCUAUUCCAGUUAGUGUUCAAGUUCCUGGUUUAAAUAUGUCAUCCGGAUCUGGACCAGUAACAGAAGUUUUAUGUUUGUUAAAUAUGGUUACUGAAGAUGAAUUAAAAGAUGAUGAAGAAUUUGAAGAUAUAAUGGAAGAUGUUCGAGAAGAAUGUGGAAAAUAUGGUUCUGUUAAAAGUCUUGAGAUACCACGUCCGAUUAUGGGAGUUGAUGUACCAGGAGUUGGAAAGAUAUUUGUGGAAUUUACGUCCAUUAGUGAAUGCCAAAAAGCUCAACAAGCAUUAACCGGCCGAAAAUUUGCUAAUCGUGUUGUUGUAACAUCUUAUUAUGACCCAGAUAAAUAUCACAGACGAGAGUUCUGA